GAAAAUAAAGGAAUUAUGGGUGUAACUUUGCAUGAACCGUUCGAGAUUGAACAAAAAACAAUAAACAUUGAAAGUCAAAAUCAUUUGUUUAAUGUUGGCAUAACCAUACCUAUAGAGAUUGAGGUGGAAAAAUCGACAGCGCUAUCAGUUGGCAAGAAUAAGGAGAAUGGAAAAUUUGUCCAAAAGAAUGGAUGGAAACCAGAAAAAUUGAAUGAAAAUAGAGAAAGCGAUGAAGAUAGCGAGGAGACGAGUGACAAUGAUGAGAGUUGUAGCGAAGAGGAAAAGGAUAGUGAACUGAUGAGUGGUGUUGGUGAAUCGGUGAAGGACGAAGAUGGUGAAAAUUCUUCUGACGACGAAGAUGAUGACAGGAAUGACGAAUUUGCAGAAAAGGCCGAUGGGCGUCAGCUGUUGAAUUGGCCGAUUCCACCUCAGUACACCUUGGUCGCACCAGCAAAGUGUCUAAUAAAAAAUGGCAGAUGCCUAGUAUAUGCUGUCAUCCAUAGUGGUGGCACGCAAGAAAACUCGGACAAAGUGGUCUGGUUGUGGCAAGACCUUCGUCCAACGUUUGGAGCAAAGGAUUUUCGGGAUAACGUUGAAAAUGUCAAGAGGGUGGGAGAAUUUGAGAGGUCAAUAUUUUCAUUGGAAAUAUCUCCACUACUGUCGGAAGCGGUUGUUUUGAUAAACCAGGAUGGAUCGGUUUCUCUGGUUGACGCUAACCUGAAGCGAGUAAUAUCGCAUUGUCCUCGGAAAGAUAAAGGAAACAAGAAAGUUUAUUGGGCCACCUUGUUCAACACAAAUGGCUCCUUCAUUCCUUCCAAUAUAUUACCGGCAACCUCAAUAACGGUUUUAAAUAUUUUGUCAUCAAAAUCGGAAUCCAAAGAUGCGCUACCUCCGAAUUUCUUUCAUCUAAGGCUUUGUUGGAUCGAUACUCUGACAAAACGAUGCAAAAUACUUUGCAAUACACAGUUUCAAAUGAACUUGCCUUCAACGUUUAAUUUCAAUCCUUCAACUGGCAAAUUGUUUCUAUUAUUUUCUCACGGUGUGCUGAAAAUAUAUACAAUCAACCUUGGCUGGAAAGAAUCAGGAGCCAAGAUAUCUUUAUCCGAAAAUAUCGUCAUUCAUCUGGGUGGAAUCUUGUCAUUUCCUGAAAAGUCACAUCUGGCGCUUCACGAAAGGCACGCCGUUGAAAUUGCACCUCUGACGGAAUCCUAUGUAGCACUUGUGGGAAGGCGAAAGACCCCUGAAUCGGUCGAACAAGUUUUAACGGUAUGGGAUAUCCAGUAUGGGACGGUGCAAGCCGAUCGAGUGCUUAGUAAGUCGAGCUCAAGUAGACAUGUCAAUGCUACAUCCACAUUUCCCUAUCGAUUUCAGGCAAGUUUUCACAUUUUGAGCAGCAUGCUUCAACGCAUUUUUCCAGAAGAUAUGACCCCUGACAAAGUUAAAUUGUCAAACUAUCUUUGCCGUUACAAUUGCGAACCGAUGACUUUGUUGAGUGCGAUAAAUCGUAUGAAUCGUACGGCCGAGUAUUUAGACUUGGGCAAAGGGAGCAAUCGAGGAAUCGGCAUCACAAAAUAUGCGAUACAUCCCAAUGCAGAGAGUCCAAAAAAUUCCGUCGCUGACGAACUAAUUAAAGAUGCGAAACUUUUGCAGAAGGAGGAAUCCAAAAUUCUCCGAAAACUUUUAAAUAUCAGGAAAACACCGACAACUCAAGAAUUCACAAGAAGAUUUAAGAAAUAUGUGAAGAAGAAAGGUUGGGAAGAUUUUAAUUAUUUUUUGUCGGAAAAAGUUGGCGUCAAGUACGAAGAAUAUGUGAAGUACAUGAAAGAUUAUGGAGAACACAAGAAGAUCGGUAUUUCCAAAGGAAAAUCUAAUCGCAUAUGGAAAAGAGAAUCUAAAAGUGAUUCCGAGGAUCAUGAAGAACUGAUGAAUUUGCAAGAAUGGCGAGAAUUGUGGAAGGAAUGGGAGGUUGAGAAGGACGCGGCAAGAAAAUCCGAAUGCACUUUACGAAAGUUGUACGAAUUCAUCAUCUCCAAAGAGAAAAUAAUCCCGGAGUUAUCAUAUCAUUUCGUUAAAACCAUCGUGGAACAUUGUAUAUCACAAUAUCCGGACGGUAAGCCCAAUAUGACGUUUUGGGCACCCGAGGUCAUAAGUGACCUUAUUCGACAAAAUGUGAUGUCAAAUAGCAUCGUAAAAGGUGGAAUCGUUAAGGCGUUGAUAGAUCGAGAAGAAUGGGGCAUGCUUAAUUUGGCUCUCUUAUGUAUUCCCGAUAUUCCCGAGAGAGAUCUAAUACAUCUACUAAAGUUUGUAAUUUCAAAAGGGGGAGUAAGAAAGGAGACGGUUAAUCCAUCCGGGGAGAUCAAGAAAGAAACACUGACUGUUGAGAACGUUCUUUUGUUAAUUAUUCACGCACCGCGGAACGAAAACAUGAUGAGGUGGAAUAUACGUCAGUUGACGGAGAGCGAAUUAAUUGUGAUAUUGAAAAUUUUGUGCGAAUGGAGUGCGAGGCAUACUCUCACGGAGAUAAUAGCUGACACGAUGAGCAAAAAACCGGUUGACGUUGACGAUUUCAGAAAUCCUAAAAAUCAAUCGCCAAUCAAUAAAUUGAAGAAGCUCAAGAAAAGGAUAGAUUUUCGUAGUAUUAUCGAAUUCCUGACACUCAUCCUGGACAUACAUUUCGCAUCAUUCAUCAUGAACAAACAGUUUCAUUCACUUCUUGGCGAUUUAUCGGAUCGUAUAAAUCAUGAGGUAGAAAUUUUCGAAUCCAUGGAAUCCAUGAGAUCAUGCCUUGAACUUUAUCACAAAAGACACCUAAAGAACGAGCGUCUAAUAAAGAAGGAACCAUUUGUCACGAGAUCGAAUGUUCUUUCGAGGGAUGCCGAUCUUCCAGAGUAUACCGUGGAGCUGUUUACAUUUUUUGGUGACAACCACCGAAAUCCGAGAUUGGAAGAAAUCGAUAUGAUAGAUGAAAGUGUGAUCGGAAACGGCGUUCCGAUUUCCGAUUCUGUUUAUACGAUAAAUGGGGAAAUGUAUCACGGAGACGUGAACGUCGAAGAUGAAAGCAUAGUGUUUGAAAAUGGCGAAAUCCCAAGCUUGGCGGUGUAG